AUGGGUGAUGAAAAGACCUUUCAGAUAUUGCGCGAAGCUAGUGACAAUGACAAGCGUACCGUUGUACGUCAUUCGCUGGGAUUCUAUCGCGCCUUGAUUUUGAAUGGCCUUUACACGCUACACGACACAGACCCAUUUGAUGUAAAGGACCCGAGUUACUUCAUACCGGCAUUAAAACAUUGCAUCGCUGUCCAUCCCAUCUUAAGUGCAGCGGUGCAAGAUGAACAUACGGAGACUCCUCGCUUCAUCCGGCCGACAUCACUCAAUCUUCAAAAUCAUAUUGAACUUGUUGAUACAGCUCUAUCUGCAGAGCCAUCUUCCGGGGAUGAUAUUGCCCUUAUAACUCAGAUUACCAAAGGUGUACACGACAAACUCUUUCCCCAGGUGGAUCAAAUACCUCCAUGGAAGAUUGUUGUUGUGCCGUUGCCUAAUAAACCAGGUGAACCCGGACCACAGCGGGUGUAUAUCAUUUUCGCAUACUCUCACUCUCAUGGCGAUGGGAAAUCGGGAUUAUCAUUCCAUAGAACCUUCCUUCAGGGUCUUAAAAUGGGGGAGUCCCGAUACGAUCGGAACUACAUGUACCUGCCUCCUGCAUCACCUCUUCUGCCGCCCUUAGAAGAAGCGUGCAAAUUACCAAUUAGCUGGUCCUUCCUUUUUCAAACUUUCCUAAAAACCGCUCUCCCGGAUGUGGUGCAAAGAGUUCUCAGCUUUCAGUCGUCGGGUUCACCGAAUAUUUGGACUGGAGAACCGACCUCUUACGACCCUUCGAAUUUUCGCACUGGUUCAGAAAUCCUUAUUAUCAAAAAGGCCCAGCUCGAUUCAAUCCUGAAAAUAUGCAGAGAACACAAAGUCAGGUUCACUGGAGUUUUCAAUCAUCUAUUGGUAUCUGUGGUGGACAAAAUUCUUCCCAAAGAUACCCAUGCUCGGACAUUCCACGGUGACAUUGUGGUCGAUCUCCGAUCGCUUAUUCCCGCCUUUGCCCCGAAUGACAUGACGAAUUCUGUUUCAGCUUUGUAUGAGACCUCCACUCCUUCUCAACGGAGAUCGCAUAUGAAUUCAACAGAUGGCUUGAGAUACAGCGAUGCGUUUUGGGAAUCUGCACGGGAAACUACAGCCCGACUUGCCGAGUGUGCGAAUACCCUUUCUGAUCAGCCUAUUGGCCUCAUGCCAUAUGUUGGCAAGUUCCGCCCGUGGCUGCUUGAGAAAUUAGGCAAAAAGAGGGAUAUGUCGUACGAAAUUAGCAAUCUCGUCGUUUUUGAUCCAAAGGCUGGUGGUUUGUCCGAAACUGCUUCAAAUAUUGAGCCAAGGGGCUGGGAUAUUGAGAGGAUGAUAUUCUCACAACCUGCAGACGCCACUGGAAGUGCGUUAAGCUUUCAGUUGGUUAGCAUGAAGGGUGGUGAUAUGGUUAUUACGUUGAACUGGCAGCUGGGAGUUUUGGGUGUUCCCGACGAAGAAAUGUUUGUCAAGGAUAUUUUGGCAGGCAUCGAUGCUGCAUUGACUCGGAUUUGCUCCGAGUGA